AUGUGUCAAUCUCUUAUACACGAGUUCCUCGAGGGCCUCCCUAAAUGUGAACACCACGUUCAUCUUGAGGGCACCCUCGAGCCAGAGCUCAUCUUUGAGCUCGCGGCGCGCAACGGUAUUACCUUGCCGACCGACCCAGCCUAUACUUCAGUCGAGACCCUCAAAACCCGUUAUGAGCAUUUCAGUAACCUAGACGACUUCUUGCAUUUCUACUUCGAAGGCAUGGCCGUUCUCCGCAAGGAAGAAGACUUUGCCGAUCUAGCCUGGGCAUACUUCCAAAAAGCGCAGGCAGACGGCGUGCACCACGCAGAGGUCUUCUUCGACCCGCAAGUUCACGAAAGCCGCGGUGUACCGUACGACACCAUCGUCACGGGCUUCUCAAAAGGGUGCAAGCGCGCCGAGACCGAGCUCGGCUUGAGCACACGACUAAUCCUGUGUUUCGUGCGGCAUCUCCCCGUCUCGUCGGCCAGGGAGGUUUACGAGGAGUUAGUGGCUCACAAACACUUUGAGUCUGGCGUUGUGCACGGACUGGGCUGGUCUUCUUCAGAGGUUGGCCCGCCGAAAGAUAUGUUCCGCGAGAUCUAUGCGUCAGCCGCGCAGAAGAACAUCCCGCUUACGGCGCAUGCCGGCGAGGAAGGUGAUCCGACUUAUAUCAGCACUGCGAUUGAGCUUGGUGCCCGACGUAUCGAUCAUGGUAUUCGGCUGGUUGAAGACGAGGAGUUGAUGCAACGUGUUGCGCGUGAGGGUAUCCUGCUUACCGUCUGUCCGUUAUCGAAUGUGCGGCUGCGUUGUGUCACCUCUAUCAAGGGAGUACCUAUUCGGCGGUUCUUGGAGGCUGGGGUCAAGUUCUCGAUCAACAGUGAUGAUCCUGCUUAUUUCGGUGGUUAUAUUCUUGAUAACUACUGCGCUGUGCAGGAGGCUUUCAAUCUCAAUGUGAUGGAGUGGAGGAUCAUUGCGGAAAAUAGUGUUCAGGCGAGCUGGAUUGAGGAUUCUCGUAAGGUGGAGAUUUUGGCAAGCAUUGAGGCGCAUGUCAACAAGUAUACGCGUUUGCACACCAUUUCAGCAUAA